AUGGAAAGAGAUGGCGACCAAGGUCCAGAUACUGCUUCUAUUAAACCCGUGUCCUCCUUGAGGGCCAAAUUCGAAAAUCCUCAAACCCCGAACCCAUCUGGCAGCGAUGGCACCACCACUAAGCAGUCUACACCAGGCCUGAGGCCUGUCGACCCAAGCAAACAGCCGCCUGCCACAGUACGAGCAUCGUUCGACUUACCAAGACCACAAUCUCCCUGGUCAACUCAGCAGAUUGAUAUUCAGAAUGGACCUCGAACUCCGGGCCCAGCCCCUAGAGGUUCUGAGUCGCCUUCGAGAUCGAACCACAAGAGACCGCUUUCCAUGUUAAUACAGUCUUCGCCUAAACUUACACCGUCUGUUCAGGUAGACUCGCCUAAGUCACCCCCACGAACCCUGUUUGCUCGACCCAAAUCGCGCUCACCAGAAAGGAAUGAUACCACACCUUUCGGCAAGGUCAAAGCCCUGGUCUCCCAGCACGGCAGUAGGUCUUCUAGCAAGCCACCUACUCCAGGCGAUGAAAUACCUGAUCCCACUUCCAACUCUGCGCCUAUUCAGCCUACCGUAAGACCAAAAUCUCCUAUACCUCCCCCAAUCAACCGAGCAGACAAGCCUAAGGUUCCUGCCAAACCACUGAACAUUGCAUCUACGCCCAACUCUGACCUGUCUGCGAGACCUUUAUCCUUUUUGAAUGAGAGAAGAGUGUCCCCUUUCAGUACUCCACCUAGCAGUGAUGAGGAACAAGCUCCCGUCGAGCCUCAAAGACAGUCGGGCGAAAGAAGAUCGGUUGACGUGUUAGGCAGAUCUGCUGAAGGCCUUGUAGCACAAACCACUGAUGCAGGUAUCCACCAAUCUCAACGCGAUCCAAGAAGUCUUGGGUUUAGUCAGCCGAAGACAAACACUGAAAGGAGGGAUCCUCGUCAGCUCGGCUUUACCACUGAACCACCUCGACCACCCAGCAGAGAGGCAAAAAGCACUCCUUUACCGACACGAAGCACCCCACCAGCAACGACAGCACCCCCCAGGGAUCCUCGUGAGCUAGGUUUUGGUGCGAGUACACCAACAAAUCGUCAAACAGCACCAUCGAUGCCUCAGAACAGAGCAUCUCCACCAAAACCAGAGACCUUGCCGCAACAAGGCUCCCACAAGGAUGCACGUAUGCUUGGAUUCUCAGAAGCCAGUCUUCCAAGCACGCUUGUAGAACCCGCUCGACCGGACCUACUCCAACGAACGAUUCCUAGAAUACCUCCGCCACGUCCAACCGAAGACUCAAAGCGUCCAACUUAUGCUCCAGGUAUCAUGAAAGCACCUCCGGCUCCACGGGUCCCCUCCAUUACUUCAAGCACUACACCAGCACGAAGGUCUGAGGACGUCCCUAGGCAGGCAAUCCCGUCUUCUUCAGAUGUCAGAUUUCCACCUCCUCCAAAACGCGAAACCUUUCAUAAUGCUGACUUUGAGGCGUUGGAACCGUCCAACAUACCGCCGUCUUUACCUAGUCGAAGAAGGUCGUUCGACGUCAAUCCUCCAAUCCGUGAUGAUUCAGAUGAUGCCGAGGACUUACAGCCAGAGCCAGUCACGACCCGGCACGAUUACCCUGACGGCAGUCACACUAACCGUCGACCACCGCAAUAUCACCCUAAGAGAUGGCAAUUUUAUACCAAGACUGACGGUAAAGCUUUCGAUAUUUGUGGAAGACUAUACUGCACUGCGAGCUAUCAUACAAGGAUACUCGACCUCGAAACCGGCGAAGAGGUCCUUGCAUUGAACCACGGCGAGACCGUCAAACAGACGGCUGUGAUAUUCAAGCCCGGAGCAGACAUCAAAUCUGAGGGCAAAAGAAUCUGGAUCGGUAACAACAUUGGUGAUCUGCAAGAGAUCGACCUGGAAAGUCAUGCAACAAUCGCCACCAGUUCUGCUCACAAUAGAACUGAGAUUCUGCGUAUCAUGAGGCAUCAAAAAGACGUCUGGACCCUUGAUGAAGCUGGCAAAUUGUUUGUCUGGGAGGCGGGCGAGACAGGAGUACCAAGUAUGAAAAACACGCCAAUCUCGCAUAAGCUCUCCAUCAGGCCCACGCACGCUAUGGUGGUGCAAGAUACGCUUUGGGCUAUGUCUGGCAAGGAGGUCAGGGUGUAUCGUCCUGGUCGCGACUCGACAUUCAAUGUGCACAAAGGUCCUCUCCAAACUUCAUCGAGCGCAGGUGAUGUGACUUGUGGCACCUUCUCAGAGGCUGAAGGGAAAGUCUACCUCGGACACACCGAUGGAAAGGUCACGAUGUACUCACUCAAGGAUCAUUCUUGCCUUGGCAGCAUGAAGAUCAGUGACUACAAAAUUAAUUCCAUGACCAUGGUCGGCAAGAACUUGUGGGCAGUUUACAAAACUGGCAAGGUAUACGUUUACGACAUUUCGACUACUCCCUGGCAGAUCAAGAAGGAUUGGAAAGCCCAUGAAGGCCCGGCAACAGGUAUUGUCCUUGAUCGAAGUAGUGUCUGGCUGCUUGGUCGCGUGCAAGUGGCCACUACUGGUCAUGAUCAGCACGUUCGACUGUGGGAUGGCAUGCUAGAGGAUGACUGGGUCGAGAACAGAAUGCACGAAAGAGAUAUUGACUACUGUACUUUCAGAACAAUCCGAGCGUCAGUGACGACCUGGAAUUGUGGUGCCACUAAUCCAGCCCUUCUCCGAACAGACUUCAUUGCGGAUGCGAUACAUGCAGAUGAACCAAGCCCUCCCGAAAUUCUUGUCUUUGGUUUCCAAGAGGUGGUGGAUCUCGAAGAUCGUACAGUAACUGCAAAGUCCAUUCUUGGCUUUGGCAAGAAGAAGGAGAACAAGGCUGCCGAUCAACAAUACCAAUCUAGAGUGUAUCGAGAUUGGCGAGACUACUUGGCACGAAGCAUUAACAAAUACAUUCCUCAACACGAGUACACCGAGCUCCAUACGUCGUCUUUAAUAGGGCUCCUUCAGUGUGUGUUCGUGCGUGCUAACGAGAGACGCAAUGUCACCAAUCACGCAGGAUCAGACGUCAAAUGUGGUAUGGGUGGGCAUUACGGCAACAAAGGCGCUCUUCUGUGUCGCUUCGUUCUCGAUUCCUCAAGCUUAUGCUUCAUCAAUUGUCAUUUAGCAGCUGGUCAGUCGCAUACCUCUCAUCGCAACAACGACGUCGCGACAAUCCUCGAGGCAGAAUCACUACCGUCGGAGCUCGACGUGGAUGUCCGUACGAACCACUAUGUGGGAGGUGGCGACGGCACACAAAUACUUGACCACGAAGUUUGCAUCUUGAAUGGUGACCUCAACUAUCGUAUUGACACUAUGUCCAGAGCGACAGUCGUCAAGCAAAUUGAAUCUGGCGACUUGUCCAAACUCCUCGAAAGAGACCAACUCAAUGUCUCAAGGCGUCGUGUUGCUGGUUUCCGUUUAGCACCCUUCACCGAGCUUCCUAUCACAUUCCCACCAACAUACAAAUAUGAUGUCGGUAGUGACAGGUACGAUUCUUCGGAUAAGAAACGUAGUCCAGCCUGGUGCGAUCGUCUAUUGUUCCGCUCCUCUGCUGGCAGGGUCAAGCAGCUUGAAUAUCGUCGUCACGAAAGAGUAUACUAUUCUGAUCAUCGUCCAGUGAGCGGGAUCUUCAAGCUUCAGAUUAAGAAAGUUGAUGAGGCGAAAAGGAAACAGACUCUGAAAAGCGUAUACGCCGAGUUUGAGAAGACGAGGAAAGGCAUACUUGAGGAAGGAUGUGUUAGCUAUCUUGUGGAGUGUUUUGGUAUUGGACGGGAAGAGGCUAGGCGACUCUUUCGGAGUGCGGAAUAA